AUGUCUACCUCAAAAUUUAUCACGUCCGCCAUACCCACUGUGCUGAGUGUGGCGCCAUACCAGCCGAGGUCCUUUGCAUUUUCGGGCGUGAAGCCGGCUGGCCUUCCAAAAGCCGCAAGGUCAUUCCUAAAUACCUCAUACGACAACUUGAGGCCAUGCUAUCGGUCGUGUUGUGCCCGACUUCCUCUGACGGAAAGCUUCGUCUACGCCUUUUCCAGUUUGGAAUUUGCGAUUGUCCAAGAGCAGCGACAGCUACGAUCCAUUCUACGCGCCACAACAAUGCUUCCAGAGGAUCUCAGCGAGAGAUAUUUCCCAUGUACGUGUCAGAUGGGCAGGACAUGCGAGGAUGCGAUCCAAAAACUGUUGCUCGAACGGGAGAGGCAGCUUGACGCAUUCGUGGAAAAGUUCGACGCACUCGUGUGGCUCGGGACCGACCUUGACCCAGAGAAGCUAGACCCGAAGCACAGGUGGAGCGAGGUGCAAAAGCAAGACUUCCGCGACGAACUGCUGGUCCCGGUCAUCGAGGCCAUUAACUCUGGCCGCUCGCUUCUGGACAAUAAUCUGCUACGAGACGACUGGCCGACGGAACUGUCAGUAAUACAGGCGUUGUACAUGUCAAUGCUCCAACAUGCCACCAAAGACUGGCCAGAACGACGCAAGUACACCGAGGAGGAGGUACAGGCGCUGGUAAAUCUGUAUAUUGAGCAAAACAGGCUGAAUAGGAACUAA